AUGGUGAACAACAAUUAUCCAAGUUCAAAUCCAAACGUUGGUAACAAAGAAAUCAAGGAGAAAUUUCCGCAUUGGCAACAAUCAGUCAGCCUAAUCCCAAUAACCUGUCGAAAAUGCCUCAAAGGAGGACACAUAGAGGCCGAUUGUAAAAAUCGGUGUUUUUAUUGUGAAAAAUCACAUAACAGCGCACUCUGUGACAAUAGACGAGAAUUUAAGCAAGCAGUCUAUGAUGCAUCAGCACAUAUAUGGUGUAUAUUAUUUCGUUUCCGAAUAAUGAGGAAAGUAAUCACCGCCGACAUUAAAAAAGGCAUUUUCGCAAAUAGAAUUACAUCCCGAAGACAGGAAUUGCACCAGAUUUCUUUGGUGGAAGGAAUAAACAAAGGGGUAAGAAAGAAUCUUUAUGUUGAUAACGUUUUGAUAUCCGCAGAAGACAAGGAGGAAAAUUUAGAGAAAUAUUUUGAAUUAAAAACUAUUUUUGAGGAAGCCUCAAUGAAUAUUAGAUAA